CGAAAUUCGGCCAUUCUAAGGUUUGUUUUCUUUCGUGGCGUGCGUGUGUGGUAGCCCUGUCUUCUGGGUUAGAUGAUAUUAGGUGUCAAACUCCUUGAAUAUUUACAAGGAUGCCUCAAUUAAAGAAAGUACAGCAUAUCUCCGGUAAUAUUUUACCAAAAUUCAACAUCAGUAUACAAGACAUUUUUGGAACUUAUCAGAAAGAUGAUAUUCUCGUAACAUCGCCCUACUUGCCUAUGUUUAUCGAUGGUGAUGGUUCCCAAAUUUUAACAAGUGAGGCAGAAAGUGAUACAAGUGAAGUGACACAAAAUCGGCCCAGGAAACGGCAGAGGCUGGAUCACUUAUCACAAGAAGAAAAAAUAAUGAGAAGAAAAAUGAAGAAUAGGGUUGCUGCUCAAACAGCAAGAGAUAGAAAAAAGGCAAGAAUGGUUGAAUUAGAAGAAUUAGUUACACAACUUGAGAAAGAAAAAAAAAUAUUAGCAUUGGCAAACACCGAAUUACAGAAACAGAAUCUUGCAUUAGAAAAAGAAAAUUCAGAAUUAAAGCUUCGACUUGGUGGAAAAAUUGCAGAUGAAAGCAUUGUAAAAGUGGAAAAAGAAGAAAAGGAGGUGAAUGAAGAAGCGGAAUCCAGGCUGUCUGUUGAAAGUUUGUCCCUUGAGCAUGCAUCGCUCAUUAAUGUGCCUCUGCAGAAGGAACAGGACCUACAGAAGCUUACACUCUGGAUGAUGCACUUCGUUUACUUACCUGCAAUAACGAGAAUGAUGAUAUUCUUGCUUUACUGCAGCAGUGUAGUGAAGAUCUUAUGCAGUAUGACAUCAACUCCACCAUCCCCAGCAAUACAGAAGACAGAAAACAAUCCACAGAUUCUGAAAUGGUGGGGACCCCAUCAGAAAGCUUGGAAUCCCACAAAGAACUGAUUCAUUUCGAUCAUAUUUAUUACAAACAGGAAGAAGUGGUUAGCUCUAAUGCUGAUGCUAAUACUUCUUUUACAGAAAGUGCAUUAUCCACAAAGGACAAUAUUACAGAAUUGCCUAAAAUAGAGUCAGAAGGUGAAAUCGAAGUUUCAGAUUCUUCCAACAUUCCAACCAUUAGUGUUACAAGCACAGAAGAUUUAAGCUGUCCCAAUGAUAUUUUGCAUUUUGAUAACACAUUCUCAUUUCAUACAUUCAAUAAUGGUAUUUUGUGUUCAAGUAUAAAAGAUUGUCCCAGUCCUGCAUCUAGUAGUGACACUGGCUAUGAUUCAUCAUUUUCCAUAUCAUCUCCUUGCAAUGCUGGUAAUUCUUGGGAUGAAACGUUAACAGAGCUGUUUCCUACACUGGUGUAAAGGUUUAUAUUUAAAUUUUAAUUAAAUUCCUAUAAUAUAUAGAGAACUAUAUUGAUAGUUAUAAUGUGUGUAUAUAUUGGUGCCUUUGUGAAUAAAACAUUUACUGUGUAA